AUGUGGAUGCACAAGUCGAUCAGAGCAUUCUUAACAGUAACAAAGGACCCGAUCAUGCUAGCACAUGAGGAUAAGACGCAGGUGAAGCAGUCAUGGAACUUCCGAAUCUCAGUAGUGGACGUACUAGACAAGAUACCUUACGCUGACCCUGACCUGCGAGAAAUGCUGCGCCAGAUCCACGUAAAUGGUGCUAUCGGCUGA